AAAGACACCCAAAGCAGGAACUGAACUCUCGCCCCUCCUCUGUGAAUAAUGUUCUUUUGAAGCAGCUUUUGAGGAAACACUCUCACAGAAACAACCAACUUUCCCUUCAGACACCUGCUGUGCUGUACGAUUUGAGCAGGAGUUGAAGGAUGCAGCUGGUCAUUUAUUUCCUGAUGAUAUUAACAUACACACAUGCAGAUUAUCCUGCACUAAAAACUCUUCUAUCAGAGAAGGGUCUCGGAGGCGUGUCUCAGAUGAUGUCUGUCCGGAUACAAAGUGAACUGAAGAGUACUGCAAUCCCAGAGGUCCGGGGUGGGAUAGACAUCUGGAUCGGGACUGUAGACUACGACUUAUCAAACAUGCAGGUUGUGGAGUGCAGCAUGCCAGACCCAUCACUGGUGUUUGUACAGGGAACAGGUGUAUCUGUGACAGUCAGUCAACUCUCAUUAGGCGUCACAGGCAGCUGGGCAACACAGUUUGGCAUCAUCCAUGAUGAUGGCUCAUUUGAUCUGGCUGUGUACAAUGUCCAAAUCUACACCCUCCUGCAGUUAGGAGAUGAUGCUGGCCGUCUCUCCAUCACCACUGUUUCCUGUAGUGCUGACAUAGGAGAUGUGGACAUUCAGUUCCACGGAGGUGCUAGCUUUAUUUUUCAGCCAUUUGUAAGUUCUUUCAGUGGAAAAAUUUCAGACAUGAUACGUGAGCAGAUUUGCCCAGCAACUCAACAAGCAAUCAAUGAAUUGGAGAUCAAACUGCAGGAAAUACCUGUUAAUGUACCUGUGGGUCAGUAUAUAUAUCUGAGCAUCCCUCUCACAUCCUCCCCGGCUGUGACAGACCAAAGCUUUGAAUUAGACAUUAAGGGUGAGUUUUACAGCCGCAGUUCUCCAUCUGAACCACCUUUCUCUGCAAGCGUGUUUGACGUGCAGUAUGCAGAAAACUCCAUGCUUUCACUGGCUGCCUCUGAGUUUUUGGUAAAUUCGGCAGCUUAUGCAUUCCUCAGGUCUGGAGUUCUCCAAAUCAACAUCAGAGAUGACAUGAUACCGAAGAGUUCUCCAAUCCAUCUGAACACCAGCCAGUUUGGAGCCUUCAUUCCACAGCUAAGCACAUUAUAUCCCAACAUGGAGAUGCAGGUGCUGUUAUACGCCAGUGAGACGCCACUAUUCUCCUUCAGUUCAGGAGUGAUAGACGUUCAUGUACCGGCUGCAGCAAAGUUCUCCGCUGUUAAACCUGAUGGGGCACUGGUGCCUCUCUUUACUCUGGAUGUGGACUGUAGCUUCAGUGGAAGUGCUCUGAUUGACAAAGAAAACCUGACUGGAGCUUUCGAAAUGAAAAAUUUAACGCUGACUCUCGGAUCAUCUGAGAUUGGUGAUUUCAAGACUGACUCAUUCCAGCGAGUGUUAGUGAUAGCAGUGAAGAUGUUUGUACUUCCAAAACUAAAUGCGGCUCUGAAGAUUGGUUUUCUCUUACCCACACUGCAGGGCCUCAGUUUGAUCAAUUCUCAAUUGCUUAUAAAAAAUGGCUUUGUGGUGAUUUUUACUGAUGUCCAGGACUCCCUGACAGGCCUCUAAGAUCCAAACAUGAACUGCACAAAAUAACGAACAGCUGUAUAACUGCUGAAUUGUUUUCAUUGUAAGAAUUAUAUAAUCAUUACUUGUAAUGUUCAUAUGUACAAGUUGACCAAAUUUGACCAUAUUAUUUUUCCACAUACUGUCAUGUACAAGAAUGUUAUUCAUCCAUCCAAAAUAAUCUACUGUGCAAAAAAAAAAACCUCUUCUGCACAUAAUUACUUCAUUGGAGUCCAUUUGCAUAAUCUGGCUUGUAUGGAAAAGGCUGGCAGUAUGUCUUUCAUCUAUGAGCUAGAGUGUGUGUGUCAUUAUCAAUCCAAUAUCAUGCUAUUUCGCUAUAUCGCUAAAAUCAAAGAUUUUGAAGCCUGAUCUAUAUGUUGUCCUAGAGCCCUGUUGUGCCGGGGCUUCACAAUAAAUCAGCAGAUCAUAACCAACAUGAGACUGCUUAUCAUACACUCUACCUGAGAAAAGGGCUGAGCAACACUACUAUUUUAAUCAACAAAUGGGAAAAAAGCUUACUCGUGGCCCUCUAGGAACAGAAUUGGACAUCUCUGUUUUAACAAGAGUCUGGAAGACAGCUGGAGUGUUGGACAGACCAAAGGGCAGACCUUGGUAUUCAAAGUGCCUUGUGGGAGUGUAAAAGAGCCUUUAUCAUGCUCAUUUAAAGGUUCAAAAAAUCUGUUUAGGGGGGGGUGCUAGUGUAAGUUUACACGAUUUAAUGUUUACAAAACUAAUUUUUCUUAUAAUUUACAUUGUUGCAGCUCCUGUUUUCACUCUCUGACUAAACGCUGUUUUAAUUUAGGUUUCUUUGAAACCCGCCUUUCAAAAAGCCCAGUCUGCUCUCAUUGGUCAGUCGUCCCCAGUCUGUUGUCAUUGAUCUACUGCUUAGAGUGUGUUUUGGAAAUGUAAUGUCCCUUACAAAAAUCGGUGAGUCCCGAGACACUGAAUACUGCUUUAACUAUGCUAAUUAUGCCAUAUCAGUUUGAGUCCGAUAACAACAGUCAAGAAGAACAAACUUACAAUUAUCUGGAUCUCAACCUAUGGAUUUACUUUGAAUGUACGGAUUUGAAAAGGACCUCAGUUUGACAUCAAGUUAAGUGACUGUUUGAUUCUUACCUUAGUUAUUCAACAUUUGAGACUGUUUGAGUUAGACCCUUUUGAGAAGUUACCUGUAUGGAAGAUAAUCCUGUGUUUAAGUUUGAUACUUACCUGAGGUCCUGAAUGAUCAAUGAUCCUCUGCUGUUACACUUAACUGGAGAUCUGUGUAUCCUUUGUUGAUGUUCUCACCAUAGUAUUUACUUGCCUGCCCGAUGUUAAGAGUUACACACUCACCUGUAAUUCUUCAAAAAGGCUUGACAGAAUUACUUUGACACUUAUCUACUGGUGGAAUCAAUCUUCAUUAUCUGUUCAGUAAAGUUUUAUUUAACUCUUAUUGAUUGAUGACUUGAUAAAGCCUGAUGUUUCUAACUGUACUGUAACGGGGAAAGGACUAUUCACCUGUGUAUACUCACCGCAUCCUAUGAUGUUUUGGAAUCACUUGAAUCAUUCAUGAAGAAUGUCUGUUAAUCUCGCCCUGUUAGAAAUAAAAAGAGACAUUAUCUGUGU